UUUUACUAAUUUCAAGUUAUAACUCGAAAUUAAAGCUAGCUUCGAGUUACAAGUCGAAAUUAAGACUAGCUUCGAGUUUCAUCUUGAAAUUAAGACUAGAUUCGAGUUACAAGUCAAAAUUAAGACUAGCUUCGAGUUACAACUGGAAAUUAAGGUCAGUUUCGAGUUACAAGUCGAAAUUAAGGCUAGCUUCGAGUUACAACACGAAAUUAAGGUUAAUUUCGAGUUACAACACGAAAUUAAGACUAGCUUAUUACUAAGUAUUUCAACUAAUUACUGUUUGAGGCACAUGACAGUUAAGAAUUAGAGUAGGUGAUUACGUGUCAUCUCUAUCUUCUAAACCGACUUAAGUAGAAUAAUAACUCAAAGUAAGCGAAUUUUGUUAUAUUUCUCUGUGAAUGUGAACCAUGGGUGAAGAAAACUGCUUGGAACAGAUGAAUUUGUCUUUGGAAGAGUUCUUAAAGACGAGAGGCUUAUCGAAUGAUGAAAUUGAAAAUAUGAAGUUAGAAAAUAUUGAUGAAGCCACCAUUCAAGUAAUGGACGAGGAGGUAUUUAAGAAAUACAUUCCUCGAUUAGGCGACAGAAUAGCGGUGAAAAACUUUUGCCAGAAGAAGCUAUUACCCAAAAAAAAUGGCUUAAUUGAAAAGCUACGCCAAAAAAUGGCUGCCAGAAAUGCUAGAAGUGAUAAUAAAGGAGCAUCUUCUCACGUAUUGGAACCGAAGAAGCAUAGAAAGACGACCAGAGCUAUUGAAUUGGGAUUUAUGGCGUUCAAUGAUACCACAAAACAACUAACGCAAGUUAGACUUAACAAAGGGGGAGGCACAAGAAAAGUCGACGUAGAUAGGACAAGCAAAAAUACAGAUAUUUUGGAAUUUGCAAAAAAAUUGUUUUUCCCUAACAAUAUUUCAAAGACUUUUGGGCCUAUUGAAAACUUCACAAUAAGUCUGCUUGAUUUUUGCAAGAGCCCAGUGGAUACCGACUUAACUGUUGAGGAAAUGUACAAUGAAACCAAAGUAAAUAAAUUGCGGUUUUAUUUAUCCGUUGUUAAAUGCAAAGAAGGCGGUAAUGAUCUUCCUCUGGUAGAUGACAGUAGUGAGAAUGAGAUGGUCUUCGAUUUAUGUGAUGACUUUGAAAACGACAUUGUUUCCAACCAACCACCUCAACCCAGUACGGUUGCUUAUAGAGAAGACGAUAUCAAUCAACCUUCAACCAGCAAUAUUUCCGGAUAUUUAGCUUCCUUUAUUGAAGAGGAUCUUGAUUUACCUUUGCAUAACUCGCCGGAUAAUUUCCUCAACACAUUCUCAGCCACAGAUAACAUAUUUGAAGUAACUCAGACCUCGACCGCCAUAGUUGAAAAUAUAUUGUCAAGUGAAAAAUUGGUUUUACAUAGGGGACAAAUAUUUCAGGAACUUAUAGAAGCUACAAAAAAUUACGAUUUACAUUUCAAUAGUCUUCAAAUAGAGGUAAUUCUACCAAACGGAAGGCCAGAACUUGCUGAAGAUGUUGGUGGUGUUUUUCGAGAUGUUUUAUCCGAAUUCUGGACUACAUUUUACGAGAACUGCACUGAAGGUACUGACUAUAAAGUACCUAUUAUACGCCAUGAUUUUGGAAUAAAAGAAUGGGAAGCAGUCGCUAAAAUUUUAGUUGGGGGUUAUAGAAAAGAAAAAUAUUUUCCUAUUAGGAUAGCACCGGUUUUUUUUAAGCAAUGUUUUAAGGAAAUUGUAAAUAAAGUCGAAUUAGUUGAUAACUUCUUAAAUUAUGUUAGCGAAAGUGACAAAAAUGUGUUAAGUAAUGCGUUAAAUGAUUUUCAAAGCGUGGAUCUUGACGACUUAUACAGUGUAUGCACGUUAUUUAAGGCGAAAUGGGUACCAAGUAAAGAAAAUAUACGAAGUUUAAUUGAGCAAAUUGCGGAACAGGAAAUUCUACAGCGUUCUGCCUUUAUUGUGCAAUGUUUUACACAGGAAUUAUUUUCGAUAGCAAGAUCUGUCAAUUUAGAUGAAUUAUAUAAAAGUUUAUCUCCGUCCGUAAAAAAUGUUAUCUCUUGUUUUGAGAAGAAAGUCAAUUCCUCGGACGUAGAAAAUCAGAUGUUCGCUUUCCUUUUAAAAUACAUAAAAGAAAGCGAUGAGAAAACGCGUUGUGCUCUGCUGCGGUUCUGCACUGGCUCCAAUCUUGCCAACCAGAAAAUAAAUGUUGAUUUUAUUGAGUCUGACGGUUUUGCGCGUGUACCAAUUGCACAUACCUGCAACAAGCUGUUGCAACUUCCAAAAUCUUACAAAAGUUUCGUAGAGUUUAGAAGUGAAUUCAAUGCGUUACUUAUAUCUGGUGUAUGGGUAAUGGAUAUAAUAUAGAAAGGUUUCUUAGAAUAAGUUCAAAGUUUUUAUGUUACUAUUUUUUAAGCAUUUGUUUAUGUAAAACACCGUAAACGCGGUGUCAAACGUAUCAUUUUUGGUUUGUUUUUUAGAUUUUGGUUUACCUACAUCAGUGUGUUAUGAUUAUUUUUAUUUUGUAAGUAUUUUCUUUUAAAUCAGUAGGUAUCUACCUAGAUACUUUUAUUAUUUUAUAUGAUGUAGGUGCCUGUGUAGGUGCGAUUACCAUAUUGUAUGUCAAACGUGCAUGCGUUUAAAAUUGACCGCAUUGAAUGUUUAUUAACCCUGCAUGUUUAAAAGUAAACAUAUAAUAAACGAUAAAAUCCUGGUUUCAUUGAUUAAUUAGUUUACACUUUUACAGAGCGAUACCUGAUAUUAUGCAUCUAUUGUCAUGACAUCAGCGGGUAGAGAGACGAUAAAGGGAUAUUUUAUUCUUUUCUUUCCCGAUUAAUGGGAUGCGUGCCAUCUUUAUUCCCUUUAACAUUAUUAACACAAACUCCAAAAUAAUUAGGUCGUCGUCAGAUGACUUUUUUGCAUAGGUAUACAAGCACACUGUUCUAAUUUGGUGCUUUUUCCCGCUCCUAUUUUGUGCAGUCUCAGCGCGAAAAACCUGCCCCUAUCGGUGCAAGAUACCGGAAAGCCGGAAACCUGCUCUGUACCGUUGGAACGAGCCUUAAAGUGCCUUGUCUUCGAGAUUAUUUCGGUUUCGCGGAAUGGGAAGCUGUUGCUAAAAUAAUUGGAAGUGGUUGGAGUGACCGCAAUUAUUUCCCUAUACA